UUUCGAUUGACGGUUUCUAUAUUCGCGGAAGGGAUUUCAGAGACACUACAUUAUUAUCCAGCAUACGCCUGUUGAAUGCAAUAACUACUCGGCAUCUACCGACCAGAUUUACGCCUCGCAAAAGGACCAUGGCAGACUCAGUGGUAACCAAUCUGGGCGAACUAUCUCUAGACUCGCGCAGCCCGGAAGAGAUUCUCCAAGCCCACGCGGAACGAGGCGCAGAACUGUUAAAUGAAAUCGAGCAAUACGUUUCCGCCGUGAUAGCCAGCCAGGAAGAUGUUAGAAUGCCGAAAAAAGUAAACUACCGCGCCUUGCGCAAUGAUCUCAAAAACGAGUUGGAUUCGCUGUCAGCGUCGCUGCUCAAACUCCAGAACUCGAAGCUCUCCCAAGCGCAGGCGAGGAAUAUCGCUUCUUCGACUAAUCUGACGUACUUUGAGGCUCUUUGGGCGGUUGCGAAGCGCUCAGAGGCUCUGAUCAAUUUCCGGAAAUACUUCUCGUGGGACACGAAGAAGCAGAACAGCUCGCGGGGGAGGAAAAGAGUGACCAACAACAGUCCAAGGAAAGAUAAAAACUCUACGCUGGUAGACAUUAUAGCUUCAAAUGGUGCCGAAUGGAUCCGGAUAUCGACCGCAACCGAAAAAAGGAUCCUCUUCGAUCUAGCGAGGCUGGGAUGGGCGAAUUCUGACGAUGACGAGAGCGAUCUGGAUGGUGAAGGCAAUGCAAACAGCAACAGCAGCAGCGACGACGACGACGAUGAAGACCAAGUAGCUCUUGUGAGGAACGCGCGCGAACUAACCCGAGCCGCAAAAGCCAACCCAUUGAAAGGCCGCCCUCCAAAAGUCCGCAUAGUACUCACGCGCAUCGAAUCCGGCAAACUCAAAGAAAUCGACGCCGUGCUGGACAAAGUCCGAGCAACGGGCGCAAUCGUCCAGUGCUCGAACGACCUCUCUCUCCAAGAUAACCCACCGUUACCCUCGGUCCUGCAAACCCUCCUCCCAGAUCAAUCCCACACGCUGUCCGAAACGCUAAACAUCGACUGCACGAUUCUCCUCGCUCUGAUCAGCGAUAUAUCGCACCGCGACUGCCCCGUUCUCGACUUCUACCCGCACGAAGUCAAGAUGCAGAUCGCCGAGGAAAAAGACAAGAAGCUCCUCCCGACUAGCAUCUACCCGUUGAUAGGCUCGCACGCCAUGGUAUGCACGCAAGAUGCCGCCGACCAAAUGAACCUCAUUGUCGACACGCUCGCCACCGACGCCGAAAAAACACGCGCGAAUAUCCUGCUGGGGCAGAAAGAUCGCGAGAAAGUUCCGUCGGACGAGUUGACGAGGGAGUGGCAGGAUAUGUCUAAUCACGCUAUCCCGCAAGACUUUCAGCUCCCGUUGAAAGUCGUACAGUGUGAUAUUGAUGAGACGAUAGCAAAACUCCCCCCCGUAGCCAAAAUAAUCGCCGCAGAACUGACGCCGCUAAACACAUCCAUCUUCUUCCACGGCUGGGCAGCGGACCUGACGACGCUAAGCGCGAACCGCACGCGCGCCCGCCAAAUCGAUAAGAUUAUCAACGAGGUGGGGCUCAGUGAUGGCGAGGCCGGGCCGAGGAUCUGGAUAUGCGGGGAGAGUAGGAGUUUGAUUGCGAAGACGGGGAGGCCGGGGAGGGAGGCCAGGAAGUGA